AUGGCAGACCACCCAUUUGCCACCCUUAUUUUUCUUGUGGAAAUGGAGACAGUUGUCUGCCUUCUUAGCGGAGCAUCACAUUUGAUUUCAGAACUGGGCCAAGCAACCUUAACUAUUCUAUGUUUCAUCCGCUUUGGUAUCUUGGCUGUUGGAAGUCAAACACUGUGGAAGGAUGAAGAGAAGCACUACACUUGCAAUUCUACCCAACUACUUUGCCAACCCACUUGUUUUGAUGAGUACUCCCCCAUCUCUUCGUUUAAUUUAUUUUCUCUACAGCUUGUUGUUCUCUUCACUCUCUCGCUGUCGCUUGUCUGCUAUAACCAGUCUCGCCACAAGAACAGAGAGGGCAGUCUACUUAGCCACUUCCAAGGAAGAAAUCAAUUGAAACUACACAUCCUUCACCUCCUAAGUAGGAUGCUCAUUGAAAGUAUUUUCAUUUUCACCUUCUUUAAUGUGUCUACAGGACAAUCCGGGGCAGCACAGUGUCACUCAGCGCACUGUGAGGCAUUUGUCUCUUGCCUGGAUCUAAGAGAAGGAGCAAAAAAAAUGGUCAGCCUUGGUUUUUGUACAGCUUCUGCUGUGAGUGGUAUGAUCUGCUUAGGAGAACUUUUGAGCAGUCUGCAAACCAUCUUUAAGGCAAAAAGGACAUCACAUACUAAACAGCCCUAUAACAAGCAGCUUUGUUAAAGGAUAAGUAAACCUUAAAAAUAAGUGAAUGUAAAAUUGACCAGGGUGCUAUUUUAAGCACUUUUUC